CACUACGGAGCGUGUGCACUACGUUCUUACCUAUAUCGCCGUAUACCUACAUAUAUCUAUGUUGCCAACUUUACGUUGCCAUAGUAAUUAAUUAUCAACACAAACUUAAAGUUUGGGAAAGGCUACCUAUCGCUUAGAAUUACAGCAAAUAAAUAUCAACAGUGGGCAAUAUCAAUAGACCAUGGUAAAUAUUUAUAUCAAUCUAUUGUGGAGCCGCACGUUAUAAUAGAAGCUAUGCUCGAGUCGGCAUCCACUCGACGCCGCUAGCUCCCGCGACAUGGCGGCCAGCGCGGGGUCGUGAUGGGCGGGUGCUGCGCGCGGACAGGGGCGCCCCCGGCGCGGCGGCGGCGGCACGGGCUGCAGCGGCCGCUGCACGCGCUGCAGCUGGCGGGCUGGGCGGCGCUGGGCGGCGGCGGCGCGGCGGGCGGCGUGCUGGCGGCGCUGGCGGGCGGCGCGGCGCCGGGCGCGCUGGCGGCGCUGCUGGCGGCGCACGCGGCGUCGCACCUGGCGGCCACGCUGCGCGACCCGGCCGAGCCCGCGCUGCGCCGCGCGCCGCCGCACCAGCUGCCGGAGUUCGACCGGCGCCUGCACGCGCACGUCAUCGAGCGCGGCCGCUGCCACCUGUGCAACAUCAGCACCUCGGGCCCGCGCACCAAGCACUGCGCCGCCUGCAACAAGUGCGUGGCGCGCUUCGACCACCACUGCCGCUGGCUCAACACGUGCGUGGGGGGCGCCAACUACGGCUGGUUCCUGGCGGCGGCGGGCAGCGCGCUGCUGCUGGCGGGCGCGGGCGCGGCGCUCAGCGGGGCACUGCUGGCGCGCGCGGGGGCGGGGGCGGGGGCGGGGCGGGGCCUGCCGCCCGCCGCGCAGCGCUACCUCAACUGCACGGGGGCCGGCGCCGCGCCCGCGCCCGCCGCCUUCUGCCAGUCGUCCAUAUUGUUGUUAGCAUUUUUAAUAAUAUUUUUUAUUUUUUCUUUCGCUGUAUCUUGUGCUCUCCUGCACCUGUGUUGUUUCCAUAUUUAUAUUAAUCUGUUAGGCGUCACCACCUACGAGUACAUAGUUAACUCGUCUGACGACAGAACUCUAAAUCUCUGUUGGAAAAACGUGUCAAGAAAGUGUUUGAUGAUGAGGAGAGGCGACCGAUUCCGCAAGGCGGCGCCCCCCGCCCCCGCGCCCCCCACCGACACCCCCUGCUCCUCACACCAGGGUCAGCUCGCUAACAAAGCAGAUGUGUCUAAUCUCCUGUCUAGUCUGGUACACGGCGAGAUAGAUAAAGCUAGAAGAAUAUUUAAUAUACAUGAGAAUAAAGUGCAUCCAACAAAUGAGAUUCUAUCAAAAUGAUC